AUGGAGAGGUCUCUCGACAGCUACUCCUCCAUGAAGGACGUCACUUACAGGACUAAGGUUUUGAUUAGGGUAACUGAGAAGUACAACUGCCAAAUUCUGUGCAAAAGCGACGAUAUUCAAGUACCAGCAUUCACGCCCUCUGCACCUGCAACUGUCGGGGUGGUUUUCCUGGCUGGCAACAUGUCACUCACACACACUCACCCACUGUUUACUGGCAGCUGCGGGUACUGCGGCUACGCGCUGAACCUGAGCUCCUCGGCGCGGGACACGGCGGGGAUCGGGUCCAAGUACCGCAAGCAGAUCAAGAAGGGUGUCGUCGCCUUCGUCGCGGUCGACGAAAGCCGGUUCACGCUCACCGACGAGGUCACCUGCAUGCCCUACUUCCGCUCCGCCCGCUCCUGGGGCCUCUUCAGGAGGCGGGCGCGCCUGCUCUGCCGCAAGUGCGGCGGGCGCAUCGGCAACGCCUACGAGGAGGAGGACGACGCCAGGGACUACUCCAGCUCCAGCCUCUUCGACGGAGACGUCUCCUCGGAUGACAUGCGCCCGAGCUCCGGCUCGGGCCGCAGCAGCGUCGUGUCCAGCCAGAAGAACUACGUGAUCAAGAUCAGCGCGCUGCAGCCAUCGUCAGAUGAUUCUGCUGUUGUUCCCUUCACACAUCGAUGA